CGACACGACCAGCUCCUUCCUCUCAUCCUUCAUCCCACCAUGUUCGCACACCGUGCUCUUGGUCUUGGUCCCGCUCUCAGGCAGGCGGCGCUCAGGUCUAGGAAUGUGGCCAGAAAACCCACUCUGUGCAACAUUGUCGCGAAGCGCUCGGUCCAGACGGAAUCGCUCCCUCCUUCUGCCGCUCAAGAGAUCCUAAACAAGCAGCGUCUUCGCCGCCCCUCUUCUCCUCACUUUACCAUCUACCAGCCCCAGCUUACCUGGCUUGGCUCCAUUGCCAACCGUGUCACCGGUGCUGGCCUUAGCGUUCUGCUCUACGGUUAUGCGCUCGCCUAUCUCGUCGCGCCCGACACCUUCAGCUCUGUCAACGUCGUCGAUUUCAUUCAUGGCCUCCCGGAAGGCGUAAAGUAUGCAGGCAAAGCCAUCCUCGCCGCCCCAUUCGCGUUCCACUCCUGGAAUGGCCUCCGUCACUUGAGCUGGGAUGCCGGCAAGUUCCUGACGCUCAAGGGCGCUUACUCUUCCGGUUACGCCGUCCUUGGCCUGACCGCUGUCUCCACCGUCGGUCUCCUGUUGUUGUGAAUACUGCAUGGUAGAAUGAAUAUCUUCUGGUAUUGCGGCUGUAUCCGGAUGGCCGAUGUUUGCGUCGUGUUGUCAAAGCCCUAUAACAUGCAGAGCAUCGUCAUCGUCUGACUCAUUUACGUGACGUCACUGGUCGUGCAUCAUAUGUGCGCGACUGGGACUUUCUUGCAACGCGCUUGUGAGUCUCCUGUAUACAGCACAAUCCCUUGUCUUUCGUUUAUUGAAUCGUAGCAACAGUUUGUCCGUAGACGCGUAGCUAAGUUCAAUGACAUCGUGUUCAGAAGCC